AUGCUGCUGCACAGGCUGCUGGGUCCGAAGAACCACGUUGCGGCACACACACAACUGAGAGAAGCAGCGCGGAUGAGGAAGCCAGUGCCGGAAGGGGACGCUUCUCCCCAGCCACUCCGGGAUCGAAGCAAUCAGGUGCUGGAAGGUGGGGCCCAUAAUCUUGCAAUGCUGACGAAUCAUCAGAAUAGCAAAUAUGGGGAACUUACCCGUAAUAUCCGAGAAAACCAGCUUGGAGGGGUGAUCUUUGGUUGCAAGCAUGAUACAAUUGAUGAAUGCUUCAGAAAACAGCUAUUCGGUCUGCCUUCAGUCCACUAUUCAUAUGUUAGAAAUGUCAAACCUGGCAUGCCUUUAUUUCUAUUCAAUUAUAGUGACAGAAAGCUCCAUGGAAUUUUCGAAGCUGCAAGUCCUGGUGAGAUGUAUAUUGACCCAUACGCUUGGAGUAAUGAUGGUUCUUUAAGGACAGCUUUUCCUGCGCAGGUUCGUAUUUGCACAAAGACUCAGUAUCCACCUCUGCUGGAGAGCCAAUUCAAAACGUUGCUUGGUGACAACUAUUACAACCAUCAGCACUUCUAUUUUGAGCUUGACCAUGCACAGACAAGAGCUUUGAUUUCUUUGUUCAAAUCACUUGCUCCUGCUAAUCAAGUUCCAGCUGUUUCAAGCAAAAGGAAUAUUGCAGUAUCAUCACCACCAACUAGAAUGAAGCUAUCAGCUGUUCCUGACCCAAAGAAAGUCACAGCAAAUUCUAAGGACACCAAUCCAUUUAGUGUUCUAUCAAAUACAGCCGCUCCAUUUAACUGGGCUGAUGAUGUGGAAAGUGCUAGUAACACUGAUGAGAAGAAAUCUGAUGAUUCAGUUUCUGAUUAUGACAAUUUGGGUGACAAUCUUCUUCAAGACCAAUUUAGUCCUCAUUCCAAUCCAGAUGUGGUCAGUCAAACUUCCUCAUGCAAAACUCUUGGCCAAAGACUGGAGCUUACUGAAUGCAAUCAUCCAGUUGUCAAUCCUGUGAAUGGUGAAAGAAUCAUAACUGAUGAAUCAAUGCUUUUGAAUUCACACAAUGAGCAUAAUGGUGCUGUGGAAGUUGAUGAAAUAGAGAUUGAAGCUCACAAUAACCCAGGUGGUGUUGUUGGGCUACAGCCAGAAAGACAGACUGUCCUAGAAAAACUGAAAAAGUUAUCUUCCCUACGACAGCAAGCGGCCAUAUCUUCCCAGGAUUGUACUGAUUCUGGUUCAGAUCAAUGCGUACCUGAUGAAAACCAGACCAACCCAAAUCUUUCCUGUGGCCCGUUUGAUGCUACAAUGGAAGAUAAAACCUCAUUUGAUGAGUGCCAUGGAAAUGCUGAGGUGCUGCAAAUCAUCACUCAUUUACAGAUGAGGACUGAAGCAUUGGAGAAGAAGCUGAUUGGGUCAGACAAAGAAAUACUUUCGUUGAGGGAAGUAGUUAAAGACUCAGGAAGAAAAGUUCAGCAGCUGGAAUACCUUGUAGAUGAGUUACAAUUCAAAUUUGACUCUUCGCUGUCUCAUCUUGGAAGCAUGUGCAAUACUCUAGCCAAGCCAUCAAUAUUCCUGAUUGGUGGUUAUAAUGGUGUGACCUGGUUAUCAUCUCUUGAUUCUUUUACUCCUGAGAAAGAUGCAGUCAUGGGUCUCACACCAAUGAGUUCUCCCCGCUCAUAUGCAUCUGCUGCUGUAUUAGAUGGUCACAUAUUUGCUUUUGGCGGUGGUGAUGGCAUGUCAUGGUAUAACACAGUGGAAUGCUAUAGCUCGAGAAAUAAUGAGUGGACGGAAUGCCCCUCCUUGAACCGGAAGAAAGGAAGUCUUGCUGGGAUCUGUCUUAAUGAUAAAAUAUACGCUAUUGGUGGAGGAGAUGGAAAUGAAACUUAUUCAGAAGUUGAGAUGUUUGAUCCGUACCUUGGGAAAUGGAUAUGUAGCCCAUCUAUGCUGCUCUCUCGGUUUGCUCUUGCUGCGUCUGAACUAAAUGGAGUCAUCUAUACAUCUGGUGGCUAUGAUGGAGACAUGUACUUGGAAUCAGCAGAAAGGUAUGAUCCAAGGGAGGGCUUCUGGGUCCGGCUUCCAAGUAUGAGUACUAGGAGAGGAUGCCACACCUUAACUGUCCUUGGAGACACCCUAUAUGCCAUGGGAGGGUAUGAUGGGGACAAAAUGGUUUCUAGCGUCGAGAUCUAUGACCCUCGUCUUAAUGCCUGGAGGAUGGGUGAUCCAAUGAACACCCCAAGAGGAUAUGCUGCUGCCGUUUAUCUUGAUGAUAGCUUAUUCCUAAUUGGUGGCAUGCAGUCCAGUGUGCAGAUCUUGGAUACUGUGGAAGUUUACAAUGCAAGUUCUGGCUGGUCAGUCCUUGGUUUUAGUUCUAUUGGGAAGAGGUCCUUCGCCUCUGCCGUUGUCAUGUAA